AUGGUGGUCAAACUUGUGGCUAGCAGCCCUCGGGGAUGCCAAUCUGAGCCUCACAAUUACUCUCGCCAAUCGACCGGAGGAGAUCACUCCCGGGAAUCAUCGCCCGAUAUUAUCAUGAUUCAAUCCCGCUGUGCACUUAAUAUUCCAUACCAGCAAUACGCUUUAGCAUAUCUCGACCCGUCCGGGAAUGUUCAGUAUGAACUCUCUCCAUCCAUACAGAAGUAUCGGGGCGAAUUAUUUUGUCCCGAGUUUGAAGAACGAUUUUUACGACAUACAAAUCAAUCAUCAUUGGCUGGCCCAAAUUCCAAAUAUCACUCGAAAUCAAAGAGGGCUCAAUAUCUAUCUCCCCUGAGUCCCAUGCCUCCGCAAAAACGCCAACGACUGGAGGAUGCAAUAAAUGGAUUGUCUGUCGGCAAUGAUGACAAGAAAUCCGAAAACCAGCGUGCACAUGGCAUUUGGAUGUCAGUUGGAAAUGAGGAAGAGAUGCUGGCCUUUUAUUCAGAAUUCUUCAAGGCCUUCCAGCAGAUCAAUUGUCGCCAAAUUGCAAAAGCAUAUAUCAAGUUCAUUGAGCCUCGAAAACAGGCAAAGCACCCAUACAAUGGUGGAAGGGCUGGUCCAGAAGACACAAGGGACCCUGAGAAAACUAAGCCAGACUGGUGGCCUCCUGGCGUGAUUCAUAAAGAGCCAGAUCAUCUGAAAAAGAUUCCUCGAGUGAACCUCCUUAUUCAUAUAUUUCGGAAUUUGCGCAAAUCUCAUGGUAUCACUUCCCAAAAGCUCAAAGCUGCUGGCGCAGAAGCACAGAAACAGUGUAGACCGGGUGAAAAGGCAGCUAUUCUGAAUGAAAUAUAUCGAGUGAGGGAAAUAGAAGAGCGUUAUGAACGGGGAGAGAUAGAUGCCGAUCAUAUAAUUUACGUUCCUCAGGAAGAAAAAACGGAUCCCGGCACGAGGGAGGGCUCUGAGACAGCGUCUGAAUCUGAUCAGCAGAGCUACUCUGUAGGCGCUGGCAAUUGCCUCCGAGAAACUGCAUCAGAGCUUGCGGAUGUGAAUGAGAAUGAUGGAAGCUUACAAAUCCCGCCUCAGACAUUCCCUGAGCAGAACAGGACCGUCCCCAUUUUUGCUCACGACAGGAACAGUCUCCUUCCAUUAUCCAUGCCAGUCGCCUUUGAACCGCGAACCCCAAGCGCUUUCUCUCCGAUGGGAAUUAAACCAGACUAUGAAGAAUUUACACCUAUAGACACAACUCCCAGGUCAAGUGACGGGAUACCAAAUGGGUCUAACGUCAGCUAUCUUCACGGAUUGACCCAUUCCCCAAACGAAAGCGAAUAUAUGAAUCCAAGGAACUUCAGCCCAGAAGCUCAAAGUGGAGGAAAUUAUGGCUCUUGGUCAGCAAUAUCUUUCCAACAACCUAUAUUUAGCCCUGUUGAUUAUGGAAACGGGGGUGCUGGGAUGAUACCUCAGCACUAUAUGCCUCAGUCAGUUCCAGUGAUUUUGCCAUCGCAUGGACUUUUUCCUCUUCGAGAAGUCCACGGAGCAGGGACAUAUCCUCAGAUCGAUGGCAUACCUGUAUUUUCUUCCCCCAUUUCGACAGGAUCCUUUAGACAUCCCCAUGUGAUGGCUCCGCCGCGUCAUCCCGCUGAUGAAGCGGGGGAAUAA